AUGAUCACCUGGAGCUCAUCUGAGGAAAGUAUAUCGCGGAGUAUUGCAAAUGGGUCCAUCAAACGCUUAGGCUUCGAUGACUAUGUCAUGACUGCAACUGUCGUGAUUUACACGGGUAUGCUCGUCCUUAUUCAACUAGCAGCGCAUUAUGAGACCAAUCUUUUAGACCCGGCGGGCUACAAUCGAGUUCUAGCAAACCCUCAGGAAGUCAAGGAUCGGAUAUUUGGCAGCAAGGUCGUGGUUGGCGUCGAGCAGUGCAUGUUGUUAUCCACAUGGGGAGUUAAGACCUGCAUGUUGACCUUGUUCUGGCGGCUGACGAAGAACCUCCGGUUGCAUAUCUAUGUUCAGAUCAUCGCUGCGUACGUAGCCAUCGGCUUCGUUACAAUCAUGAUCACAUAUUAUGCCGUGUACUGCCGUCCAUUCUCUCAAUACUGGGCCAUGCCUGUGCAAAACAUGCAGUGCGCCACCUACCAACACUACUCCAUUACCCAAGCGGUUUUCAACAUUUCUUCAGAUGCGGCAAUGCUAGCUGUUCCAAUUCCACUUCUCAUGAAAGCCCAGUUGAGGAUGAGAAAGAAAAUCGUCCUGUUCUGUAUCAUGAGUCUCGGUCUGUUUACCGUUGUUGCUGCAAUUCUCAACAAAGCAUUCAACUUUGCGUCACCCUUGACUACAAUCUACCAAAUAUGGUACAUUCGUGAAGCCAGUACAGCAAUGUACGUUGCGAACCUGGUAUGCUUGUGGCCUUUGCUUCGCCGGACAUUUGGCUUCAGUGCCUUUCAAAGUAGCACCAGACAAUACCGACAGCAGGAAACUCGACCGAACAAGGAAACAUCAGAUGCUUCGCGGUCAGCGGCCACAAGAUUGAUCGGCCUGCAAUCAAAACCACCGGUAUCAAAUUUUCGAGGUCUACCUAUCAGCAGGCAUGAAUCUCCAGAAAAAAACACGGGACUUGCCGACGGGCCACAGAAGAGUAAUGAAGAAAGCAUUGAAAUGUGCUCAACAACAAUCCCAAAUGACAGUCACGAACCAAGGGAGAUGCCACAGGAAUGGGAGGACGAUGAAUCCCGCCAAAGAGUCGAGGGGCAAAUCACACCCUAUGACCUUGAAACUGGACAGAUCACGGUUAGCAAAUAA